AUGGCUGACGCUGGUUCGUUACGAUCUAACCUGGCACGGGUGGAUGCCACAGCUCCCGCUAUUCAAAGCUCCGCCGCCCAAAUGAUGAAACACUACGACCGCAGCCCGGGUGUGGCCGUGGUGGAAUGGCGCAAUGCCCUUCACAAUGCUCGACGUGAUCAAUGGCUGCCUCUGCUCUAUGUGGCCAAUGAAGUGUUGCAGAAUUCCAAACGCAAUCGAGGCAACAAAUUCCUGGAAGCCUUUAGUCCCAUCCUUGGUCAGUCCUUGAUCUUUGUCUCUCAACACUCGGAUGCGCCCGCGGUGGAAAAGAUUCGACGAACAGUCAAAAUUUGGGGCGAUCGACGCGUCUUUUCCGUCCGAUAUGUCAAUGAACUACUCAAGGGGCUCGAGCCCUAUCGCAACAAUCGAGGAGCCUCCUCAGCGCCCAUUGUACAACCAACAAACUCACAACCAUCUGCAUUUCAACAACAGACAACAGCUAAAUUCAAUGGCAUGAAACGACGUCGCAGUAGUACUGCCAGUGGAGGAUCCCAAUCGUCACACAACAAAAGAUCACGACGACGAUCCGUACUCUCCACCACGUCCCUUGUGGAACUCUGGAAGGGAGUCGCCGAUCUCGAUACGACCUUUGAUCGAUCCACAUCCAUUCUCAAGGAUAUUUCCCUUCCAGAAACACACCACAUUGAAUCACUCGUCGGCGAUGAACUGCUCGAUACUCACAAACUCAUUCUCAAAUACCAACAAAAAGUCUCACAACAACGAGAAGCACUCUAUCGCAUUGCCACUGAACGACGCAAUCUAGAACAGGACGCCGUUCGGUACAUUCCGUGGCUCGAAGCGGCAUUGAAGCAGGAUGCUGAAGAUUUGAAAUUCUGUGAUACGCUCGAAACGGCAAUCCACAAACUACACCAUGUGCAUCCUGCGAUUCGACAAGCACGGGACAAACGAGUGGCAGAAGAUCUACGAUUCCAACGAGAACAGGAAGAAAAGGAACGAAAACGCAAGGAAGAAGAGGAUGCCAAACAGUUCCGGGAAGCAGCACUCAGUAAGGAAACCGAGGCAAAGCCUGGUAUGGUGUGGAACAAGGUGACACAAGAAUACCAGUACGUCAAUACAGAAGAAUCCUGGAGAGAUUAA